UGGCUCUGGCAACUUUUCCCUUCCCCCCCCUGCACUGCUCCCUCCCCCGCCGCCCAUCCUCCCGUGCUCGUGCACCCGCGGUCUCCGCUUCCCACCCCGCCGCUUUUCCAAACAGAAACGGCUCCAUCCAAAGUCCAAAUCCGAAAAAAAGGAGGGUGGAUUUCAUCCAGUGCGGCUGGUGCCCAUCGAUCGAUCGAUCGAUCCCCUUCCUCCCCGCCGCCGCCCGCAGACCAACCGACUCCGUCUCCGAACCCAAUCCCCUCCCCCCUCUUUCCCAAAUCGAGCAGGCGGCGGCCGACGGGGAGCGGGUCUCGCGGUCGACGGUCCCAGAUUCAACUCCUUCCAAAGCCUCGCCGGCGGCGCCGAUACACGGUUCGACGCGGAAUCCGGGGUUUUUCGUGGGUCUCGGGAUGCGCUAGCCCCCGGCCUGCCGCGGCGAUCGUCUCGUGGCCGGGCGACCCAUGUCGUGGGGGCGGUUCAGCAGCUUCAGCCCCCACCAGGGGUCCACCCGGUCGUCGGCGCGGAGGUGCCCCACGCCGAAGCCCGCGCCUUGCACCGUGGUGGUCCUCGAUGAGGAGGAGGACGACGGCGACGACUCCGACGCGGACGUUUUCAUAAUUGAUGGCGCAGUGCCGCCGGCGCCUAGGUGUCGGGCCUGGAAAGGGAACGGCGCGUCUGGUAAUGUGAUCAACAUAGAUGACGAUGAAGACGUGGAUGAGGGUACUGGAUGGGAUAAGGCAGGCCCCAGCAGAUCCCGUGCGUCGUCUGGGUCUCCGGCGUCGAUGACACCAGGGCGAGUUUCUCCGGGGAACAGAUACGGGCUGGACAGCGCAUCGGACAGCUCCGAGAGCGAUUUGUCUGAUGGGUGGUACUCAGCCACUGAUUAUGGUGGCAGCUCGGAUUGCGAGAUUCUGGAUGACACGGCUGGGACGGCCCGUGAGAUGUGGGAGACGGCUGCUUCAAAGAAGAAGAUGCCUCAUGGUGUCCAUGAGCGUGAGGAUGGUAGGGCUACUGCAUUCACAUCACGUAUGUGGUCGGAGGGUCUCUUUGGUGCACGAUGCAAUCUAGAUGGCACUAAGUUUUGCGCUAGAUGGAAGGAUGGCUCACAAAGUAAUAGUGGUGGUACAAAGGAAGGCCCUGAACAUGCUCAAAGUAGUGCCAGAGGAGCGAGUGAUGGCCAUGGCUCUUAUAGAAAUAGCGGUGAAAAUGAUGUCCCUUCAGAAUAUGCUCGUAAGGGAGGUGUGCAAAAUAAUAAUUGCAGCUCAAACGAUCGUGGCCCUGCUUCACCCUCAAAUGUCAAGGAACGUUCAAAUGGAGAAGAAAGGGUUGUUCCUGAAAAAACUUCAGAAGGCUUUAAAUCUCCUUGCCAGGAUGGAACUUCCGUCCAUAGUUUUGUCUCUGCAAAUAGGGUGUUUCGGGGAAGCUCCUCAGCAGAUCGGAAGGAUGGAAGUCCUCCGAUGUCUGUGAGUACUCCUGAAAAGAUUGAUGAGAAAAUGCCUGAAGGUGUUGAUCAGUCACCACUGGAAGCUUACAACAAUACAGAUUUGUAUUCUGCACAAGUUGAUGGCUCUGUUAGGGGUCAACAAAAGGUUCCAACUUUUACCAGCAGAUGUGAGUGCUCAAAACAAUUUGAUGAAAACUGUCCGCAGGCACAAGCUAAUUUGUGUGCAUGUGCUGCAACCUCCAUCAAGAGUACUUCUGUAAAUGUUUCUGGAAGUUGCACUUUGCCUCGAAACGAUUUGAUACAUGAUCCUGAAGAACUAGGGCAGUUUGCUUACGUGAUUGGUGAUCGUGAAAAACACAAAGAAUCUAUUGAGUUCAAACGGGCAGCAGAGGAGGAGUGGGCAUCCAGACAGCGGCAAUUACAAAUACAGGCUGAGGAAGCAAAGAAAUUGCGGAAGAGAAAGAAAGCUGAAGCUCAACGGUUGCUUGACAUGGAGAAGAGACAAAAGCAAAGAUUGCAAGAAGUCCGUGAAUCACAGAGAAAGAAUGAAGAAUCUAUACAGCUAAAGGAGCAGUAUCGGGGCGUAGUAAGAAAGGAACUUGAAGAUAUGGAAAGGCGAUAUUGGGAUAUGACUUCAAUAUUACGUGCUCUAGGCGUCCCUGUUGAAGGUGGUGAGGUUAAAGCCUAUAAGCAAGCACUUCUGAAAUUCCAUCCAGAUAGGGUAUCAAGAAAUGAUGUUUAUCAACAGGUCAAAGCAGAGGAGACAUUCAAGUUCAUUUCACGCCUGAAGGAGAAGCUGCCGCGGUUCUCCUAAUAACAUAUUCCAACACCCAGAUCGCACAAAACAUGUCACAUCCUCCUUUCCGAGGCAGGAAUCUCACCUGCAGGUCAAGACCUAGAGUUCAGAAGAUAUUUAUUGUCGUCCUUAGAAGUUAGAAUCAACUAGGGGCAUUAGAAUUCGUUAAAUUUGACUUCUCUCAUUCCUUGAAGUGGUAGGGAUUCUUGUUAGCCGUGACCUGGGAUGGUAAACUCUUUUCUUGGGUUGGGAUCGGGAUUUGGUUGUACAGGAGUGAUAGCAGAAAGAUCAUUCUCUUGCAGACCAAUAUCUGACAGAGUAUCGUGGUAUUGUGCUUUGGUUGUUCAGCUCUGUUGUAUAUGUUUUCAGGUACCUGCAAUUGUCGACAUCAGAAUAACACAAUUAGAUGCAUUUCUUUUCCUUUA